AUGUGGAAAGUAGGAAUUGAAGGAUUUAUAAUCGUAUUAUUGGUGUUUGGGUUAUACUCUAGUGGAGUAGGAUCUAUAAAGCAAAAUAUAGAUACAACUAUAGCAAAUACAAAUUUCGUACCAAAUAACGAAGAAUCUUCACCAAGUACAAUUGACUCACAGUUAAGUAAUGAGACCAAGAUACAUGAAGUUAAAGUAUUUGAGGCUGAUGUAACAAAUGGGGGUAAUUUGAAUAAUAAAAUCCCAGCAUCUACAUCAAAAAUAUCCAAAGCUUACAAUCCACUAAAGUCAGGAGAAUUAUUUAUUAUACCACUCAAUAAUGCAAUUGCUGAUAAUUACUAUCAUAGAUUGGGUAGUGAUGGUGUUGAGAUAUUUUUACCUGAAAAUGGUAUUAAACGUGGUGUUACACAUUGGCUAUCGGAUGGUAAUGCUAUAAAGAAUGAUAUUGUUCAUUUCACUGGUAUUCUACUAGAACCAACAUUAGUAUCAGGUAUUUUAAUUAAUUGGGCUUCUACUCCAGGUGAAGUACGCAUUGAUGUAUCAAAAGAUGGUUCAAACUUUCAAGAAGCUGUUGGGUGGACUAAAAAUAGGCUUGCAUCUAAAGAAAUGGAGCAAAAACUUUACUUCAAGGAGCACCCAAUAAAAAUACAAAAGGUAAGAAUAGGGAUGAGAAUACCUAUUUUUAAUUUUUUUGGCAUUAAUUUUGCUGGGCUACUAGUAAUCGGUUCUCCGAUUGUUCAAUUUACAAGUGGUAUAACAACUAUGACAGAAGAAUAUUGCCUGCAAAUAGAGGAUGGAAAUAUCCAUAAAGUAGGAGCCGAAUUAGUUCUAGGAAGUUGUAUAGAAGCAAUUGCAUCUGGUGAUAGCAGAGAGAUUUUUGGAUUUAAUAGUAAAGGGCAAAUAUUUAAUCCAAUAAGUAAGUUGUGUAUUCAACUCAAGGAUAACAAUGUGGGAACAGGAGGUACACUAGUACUAGAUGAGUGCUCAUAUACUAUGGAUGGUAGAGGCCUAUUUGAACUGCUUCCAAAUAACCAAUUAAGACUGAUGAGAGGUGGAAAUUUAUGUUUAUCAAGUCCAGGUGAUAAGACGGGAAUUAUUAAUGUUGCUUUAAAUGCAGCUGCUAGUGCCAGUAGUAUAAGAAAAACAGAACCAGAGUAUAGUCCUUCAAUGGCUGUAGAUAACAAAGAUUCAACAUUUUGGCUUUCAGAGGAUAUUCUAGAAAAUUCAUCAUCAGAAGUUUACUUUAAACUAGAUCUGGGAGUUGUUUUAAAACUACAAGAUAUUUAUAUUGACUGGAAGUACCCAGCUUCUGCGUUUUCAAUAGAUCUCAGUAGUGAUAAUAUUACUUAUACUCCUGUUAUAAGUAUAUCUAAUAAUGGAUUAAGCAGUACUGGUUAUUCUCUUGAAGGAAGAAAAGCAAGAUAUGUAAAGAUUGCUCUUUUGAGUCUAGGGAAUUCAAUUAAUAAAAAAAGUGUAUAUGGGAUUAAGCAAGUCAGAAUAUUCAGUACCACAAUGAGAAGUAUUGUAGAAGAUUGCAAUAUUGCAAAGGAACAUCAGGAUGGUAGAGAUAAGGUAUUCCCCCAACCGGUUGUUGGUGAAAAUUAUGCACCUGGUUUAUCUCUUAAAUCUCAGGGAGAAAUUAUCAAAAAAAGAUUGAUUGAAGUACAAGGACUCUCAGGACAUAUAUCAACAUUGCUUCCGAAACUAGAAACAUGUAAAAGUACUGCUAGUGGAAGAGAGGUCACAUUAAAGACGCAAGUAAAUAAAUUAGGACUUUUAUCUGAACAACUUGAAAAACUUAUAUAUGAUUAUUCACUGGAGUAUAAAUUUACCAAACCAUUAAUUGGUAAUUCUUAUCUAUUUCCAGCUGAAGAUUGUGUUGCAAUAAAGAAUGAUAGGAAAGGUUAUGUUUUAAGUGGGUUUUUCUAUGUCAAACCAUUUUGUACAACUAAACCAAUAAGAGUAUUUUGUGAUAUGGAUACAGGAAAUACUAUUUACCCUGUAGAGACACAUGUAAAUUCAGCGAGGUCUGUAAUGUCUGUUUGCUCGCAAGUUGGAUUAAAACCUUUAUUGCUAAGAGAUAAAAAAAAAUCUAUUAAAGGUAUUAAAUUGAUGCUAAAAAUGAUGGGAGUUAACAAAGAUAGAAGAGUUAUUCCUCUUACACAUGACUAUGGUUGUGACCAUGGUGAAACUUGUGCAGUACAAUUUUUGCAACUUGAUUCCCAUAUACAGUCGUUUAUCUCAGUUUCUGAGUCUAACAAACCAGAAAUUGUUUUGUGUAGCCCAAAUACCAAUUUUCAAUAUGCAAAUGAUGCAAUUAGUUUAGAGUGUAAUAGUCGCUUUGCAGAUAUAUUAGCUCUAAACAAAGCACCAUUACUGGCUUCAAUACUGGUAAAAUGUCCAACUACUUGUAAUCCAGAAUCUGAUGGCGUCGUAAUUGGUACAGAUGUAUAUAGGGACGAUAGUAGCGUAUGUAUCUCUGCUAUGCAUGCUAAUACUUUAAAUAGAAACACCGGUUUACUCCAGAUAACACCAAUUGAAGGAUUAGACUCGUAUGGUGCAACAAAACGAUUUGGUGUAUCAAGUAUAUCAUAUUUAGGAAAAAAGUGGUCAAAAAGCUUUGUUACUUCAAAAUAUGAAAGUCUAUGCCCAUAUAAUAGUAGUUUAUCAAUGCUACUAUCAUUCAUUCAGUUGGAGUCAAAACAAGAAAAUGAUCCCCCAACAAAUAUGACAUAUUCAGAUAGUAUGAUAUUACCACUAGGGCUUGGAACUGCUGUAGAUACAUUUGAGGCAAUAAAUAGAAUAAAAAGAUAUAUGAAUAUUAUUGGAGGAAUAUCAUAUACUUCUGCAAUGAAGGAAACAAUUGGAAGAAGCCAAGUACUAGUAUCCAGAGUAAGGAGUAAACUGAAACCCACUCAAAUAGUGGACUAUCAUACUAGACUAGCUGCAGAUAAUAUAUUACUAAAAUUACAUACAGUCUCAAAUAUAUUAUAUUAUCAUAUGGAAAAUCUAUUAGAAACUAUAGUAGAACAUGAAAAUCUUCUUAAAGAAGUGAUGGAAUUGAAAGCGACACAAACUGGAUUUAAUAGUUUCGAUAUGCCAAUUAGUAACUUUAUACACUUUGGAGAGUUAUUUGAAGAAUGGGAUAGCCCAGGGGUUACUGAAGGAGUUGGAAACUGGAGAAUUUUAUAUGAACCAAUAGGUGGGGGAGGUAGAAGUGGAUUAUUGGGACAAACAAGCCCUGUUGGUCCUCCAACUUCUUCAAAGCAAUUGGCUAUUGGUACAUUUGCAAGAUUAAAAUAUAAGAAAUUUUAUGACAUUGACUAUAACACUGAUAUUUAUAUCGAUAGCUAUGAGGGUAGUAUUGGUCUUACUUUCAGAAUGAUUAAUUUUGAGAGGUACUAUCUGUUAGAGUUUAGCCAACAGAAAUCCGGUGGAUUUAAAAGAUUGAUUAGAGUUAUAGAUGGUGAAAAAAAGUUGUUGGGAACUAAGUAUGAUGGUGGAUAUAUUUCUGGUUCAUGGCAUCAUGUAAGGAUUUUAUUGAGUGGACCAAGAAUACAAAUUUGGGUCAGUACCGAAAUCUCACAAAUUGAUGAAGAAAAGAAGUAUAGCUCUCCAGUCAAAGUUUUCGAUAUUUAUGAUAAUUGGAUAUUAUCAGGAUCUAUUGGAUUCUUUUCUAGUGGAAUUAAGGGUGGAGUUUAUUUUGACAAUAUCCAUGUACAAGCAAAACCAUGUACAAAAUCAUCUAGCUUAGGUUCAUUACUAUCUUCACAUCCACCAGCAGCACCUGUCUGUAGCAAUUAUAAGUCAGGCUCAUUUGGUGGGGUUCAUAAUGAGUUUAUGUUUAUAGAUCCAGAAUAUUCAUAUGAUGGUCCUUCAAACUGGGAAUUCCGAUCAAAUAUUGGAGGUUUGCAAACUAGAUCUUUGGUACAAACAAGUAAUAUACAUAGUAUUAGUAGUGAUAAAAUAGGUACUCAUGCGAUUUUAGGUGGAAAUCGCCAAUGUAAUACUGGCAUAUAUGAAUAUUCAUUCUUCCCACAAUGCCCUGAUGGUAUCAUUGGUGGAAUUAUUCACUAUAAAUCAUCAUCAUCUUAUAUGAUCUUCGAAAUGGGAUCACAUUAUUCAAGAAUAAGGGUCAUUGGAAAUGGUAUCAUUAGAACAUUGGCAAUGAAUAUGCUUGUUGGCUAUCAGUUAGGAACAUGGAACAAUAUAGAAAUACAAUUCGGUACUCUUGGAACCAGCAUUUUAGCUAGUACAAACAAUUAUGGUAAAACUCAGUUAUUAUAUACAGGGUCCCCACUAGGUUUAUACGAUGGUUCCGUAGGUCUAUCAACAUAUAAAUGUCCUGGUGUAGCAUUCCAGUCUAUUCAGUUGAGACCACUGACAAUAGGGACAGCUAUUGCAGGUCUAUUUUUAGAAGAAGCCCAAAAUACGAAUAUAACUCAAUCAGACUCAAGUAUAACUAAUAUAGACUUUUCAUCAAAUACUAAAUCACCUAAUUGCACAGCAAUUCAUGCUCGUGAUCGUAAAGAAGAUUGUGAACGCCUACUUGGAGAUGAUCAAUGUGAAGCUAACUACUGCUCAUAUUGUUGUGAAAAUAGUAUGGAAAGAACUUACACAGAAUUAUUACGUUGCAAACAAGAUUGUCACAAACAAGAUACAGAAUAUGAACAAAGUAAAGCGAUAUUAAAAACAUUGGAUACUUGUCAUAGUGAAGAAUCAAUUAAUUUGUAUACAGAAAAAUGUCAAAGGGUUCCAGCAGCAAAUAUAGAAGCUCAACAGACAUGGACCAAUCAAUUUGUAUGCUUUGUUGAUUUGUGUUACAUGUGUUGUAAUACACAGCCAUUAGAAAGUGAGGUUGACGAAACUUCGCUUGCUGAAUGCUACCUACAAUGUAUACUACUAGAUUAUAAGAAUAUCCCAGUGCAACUUUAA